UUCAUCAGGUUGUUUGAAGCUGGAUGGUGCCACUCACAGCCUGGAGAGAUAAGUGAUCACUGAUCCUUCAUCCUAAGCGUCAGUCUCUCUUUCUUUCUCUCUCUAGUCUCUACAUUUCUCUCCUCUGGUUCUUCACCCCUCUCUGCCUUUAAUCUACAUCCCUCCACCAUGCCUCCCUCCCUGGCCACAGCGUUCGCCAGGCGCUGGUGGAUGGCAGUGACUUCCAUCGUUGAGAACCUGCUCUUCUCCGCCGUGCUGUUGGGAUGGGGCUCGCUCCUCAUCAUGCUCAAGUCAGAAGGCUUCUACUCUUACCUUUGCAGCGAGGAGGGCAACAGCUCCAGCUACAAUCUGUCCCAACCCCUGACAACGCCGGUGCCCGACGACUACGCCGACUACUAUGAAAGUGACGGUGGCGUGGUCGGUCUGGGAGACGGCGUGGAGAUGAGGCCCCUGCUCCCUGUGGAUGGGCCCCUGAAGAUGAACGGGUGGCUGAUUUGCAAAGAGCAGGAUGAGAUACUGAACCUGGCGUUCACGGUGGGCUCCUUCCUUCUCUCGGCCAUCACCCUGCCGCUGGGGAUCGUCAUGGAUAAAUAUGGGCCUCGCAAGCUACGACUGCUGGGCAGCGCGUGUUUUGGAUUGUCCUGUCUACUCAUUGCUUAUGGAGCCUACAAUCCAAAUGAACUCUCCGUCCUUAUCUUCAUUGCCCUGACUUUCAACGGCUUCGGGGGCAUGUGCUUGACCUUCACCUCUCUCACACUCCCUAACAUGUUUGGUGACCUCCGUUCCACCUUCAUCGCCCUGAUGAUUGGCUCCUAUGCCUCCUCCGCUGUCACCUUCCCUGGUGUCAAGGUGAUCUAUGACCUUGGCAUACCUUUCAUCACUAUCCUGGUGGUGUGGGCCUCCUGCGCCGGACUGGUCUUCUUGAACUGCUUCUUCAACUGGCCAAUGGAGUCGUUCCCUGGACCAGACGACAUGGACUACACUGUGAAGAUCAAGUUCAACUGGCUGGGCUUCGACCAUAAAAUCACAGGGAAGCAGUUCUACCGCCAAGUGACCACGGUGGGCCGUCGUCUCAGCGUGGGCAACAGCCUCAAGGAGAAGGAGCUGGCCACUAAGGACGGACACAAGCUCUGCCUCUCCACCAUGGACCUGGAGAUGGAGUGCAAGCCAAAAGAAGAGUCCCAGUCGUUCUUGAAAACCAUCACCACCACGAUCUUCCUGCUCAGUCUGGUGACCAUGUCGGUCACUCAGCUCCGUCUCUUGUUCUACAUGGGGGCCAUGAACAGCGUCUUGGAGUCGCUCACUGAUGGAGACCUCAACACAGUGGAGAGAAUGGAAGUCGUGAGUCUGUACUCCUCCAUCUUCGGCAUAAUGCAGCUGCUUUGCCUGAUGACCACUCCAGUGAUUGGUCAGAUCAUGGACUGGAGGCUGAAGGACUGUGAUGACGGAGAGGAGGAAAAGGAGCCCUACAGCAAGGGGGAGAUAAAGAAAAAGCGUAGAGACAAAAAGACCCAGAAGGUGACCAAUGCCUUGCGAGCGUUCCUCCUCACAAACGUCCUUUUAGUGGGAUUUGGGAUCACGAGUCUGGUGCCCAACCUCCCCCUGCAGAUUGUGUCAUUCAUCUUACACACUGUGGUGAGAGGAUUCAUUCACUCUGCUACUGGCGGCCUCUAUGCUGCUGUGUAUCCCUCCUCCCAGUUUGGCAGUCUAACAGGCAUGCAGUCUCUGGUCAGCGCUGUGUUUGCUCUGCUGCAGCAACCUCUGUUCCUGGCCAUGAUGGGACCCCUUGAGGGAGACCCAUUCUGGGUCAAUAUUGGACUCCUCGCUCUCAGCAUGCUGGGCUUCUUGCUGCCUAUCUACCUGGUCUGGUACAGACGGACGCUCCACAGACAGCAGCAGCAGAGGGAGGAAAACGCCAAGAUCUUCAUCAAAAUCAACGGCUCCGACAUCCCCGAGGCCUACGUUUAAAAAAAUUUAAAAAAGUACAUGGAUGACAGAGGACGUAGAGAGAUUUUUUACUGGGAAACAUUUGCAGUCCAGUAAUAUGUGAAAAGGGACAACUUAACUAUUUAGAAUAUUACAUUUAAACCUGCUGUGUAAUUGUUAAAGGUCUCCAGACUACCACAUCCCUUUUCCAAAAUCCCACCAAGCUGAACUGAUGCCGCGGUUGUCACAGAAACGAGUCAGUUGGACAGUCGUUGAGGAGGAAAGUGAAACGUGGAGGGAAAAAGAAAAAACAAGAGGAAAGACUGUGAAAGGAAAGAGGCAUGAGCCCUCUGUAUGUCCCCCAAAUCCUCUGACUUCUCUUUUAUUCCGUCCUCUCUGAGCGGCACAUCAGUGCAGCUCCGUUCCACAUAAGACUGCUUUAAUAUUCCCAAUAUAAGCAGAAAAGGAGUUUGAAUAUCCCCCUGUGACACUGCCAAGACUGCGAAAUGUCACCCUCACACAAAACCUCACUGUUAUCAGUGAACGAUUCCACUAUUAUGAGUCUUUUUUUGUUGUAAUGUGUUGACUUUAAAUCAUCCUUAUUAUAAAUCUUAUAACAUGGUGCUACCUGGUCAUCAGCUGGAUGUUUUGAUGGAUGGUGUAAGGUAAGUGUGGACUAAAUGGCAUUAAUGGGCGACAGGGAGGAGAGAAGAGCCGUAUUGCUGAUGUUUCUCGUAGAAUAGAGAGUCAAUAUGAUUAAUUAUGGGGCUGGGUUGUUUUCUUUUUUACCAGGCUAACAUCUUAUUAUAGUAAAGCCUAGAAUAUACUGUAAUAUCUGAUGAAUGUCAGUGUUUUUUGGUGCUGUAUUUUGUAUGAGGGACGUCAAACAAACUGUUUGGCUAAAAGCAAAAUGUUCAUGUACGUUUAGAGUAUUUAUUUUAGUUUCUGCAUUCUAUAGUUUUCUUUUUAUAUAUUAAGUGUACAGGGGAUGCCUUUUGAAUAUACUUUCAACUAAAAGGGGACAUUUUUUUUCAUUGGGCAGCAACUUUUUACACAUUUCAGUGAUCUCCCCUUUGCCUUACAUGGUAUACAUCAUUAAGCAUAUCCAUAAAACCGUCAUUCAGUAUUUCAUCCAGUCUGUCUAUCUACUGUUCAGCACUUUAUACUCUAGGUAACCCCUUUAAAUUCCACACACAUCAGCUCAUUUCAGCACUUCUCUCCUGAGAAAUAGUCCCACUUUCAUUCUGAGCUCCACCUCUCUUCAUAACAUGUAUUUAUUUCAUUGUACACUCACUUUUCCAUGAUACAGUUCAUCAUGUAUUUAUGUAAAUUGUGCUGUGCUGGCAACAACUCAUAUGUCUCAUUGUGUACUGUGCUGUUCACACAGAGAUCUUUCUUCUACCGUUGAAGAUAAUGUAGAGAUGUUUUGUUGUGCAGGCGUUCCUGUUUGAAUAUGGAAGGAUUUGUGGGAGUUAAUAAAGAUAAGUCGAUAUCUGA